GCAGACUAAAAAUGUAAAUACACUCCAGCUAGUGCAGAAAAAUUUACCGUAUGGAACGGUCUUGUGUUAAUUGAAUAUAUUCUACUAGUAGACCUAGACAACAAUAUAGAAUUAUGAGCCCUUCCGGAAAGUGGAGAGGCUGGCUUGCUGUGACGGGUGGAGUUUUGGUCCAUUUGACGCUUGGAACGAUUUACAGCUAUGGAAACAUGGCACCUUAUAUGACAUCAUACAUUAGGAAGUACAGUUAUCCUUCAACUCUAUCUUAUCAGGAAUCCUCAUUCGUCUUUGCCUUGAUGCUGUUUGGCCAGGGCUCCUCCAUGUUUAUUGGGGGUUAUAUUGAAGCCAGACUAGGCCCUAGAAUUACAACUCUGAUCGGCUGCUUGCUGGUCAGCAUGGGUAUGAUGUUGUCUGCCCUGUCCAUCCGAGUAUCUUUCUUUUUGCUUCUCCUAACCUACGGCCUCAUCUUUGGUCUUGGAGUAGGCAUAGCCUAUGUGCCUCCACUUGUCUGUGCAAUGAAGUGGCUGCCAGAGAAGAAGGGGCUUGUGAACGGUCUUGUGGUUGCUGGUUUUGGGGGUGGGGCAUUCAUCUUCAACCAGAUCCAGACGGGGUACCUCAACCCCCACAAUCUGGACCCGAAUGUGACAGAUUCGCAAGACCACACAGCCAAAUAUUACGAUCAAGACUCCAUAUUGGAUAAAGUCCCUAUGUCUUAUGUUCUUCAAGGAGGAAUCUACUUGGCCAUUCAGAUUGUGGGUGUUAUUUUGUUGAAAGAUCCACCAGAAAAUGGGGUCAACAACUCUCUGUACAACGACGAGAGUGGUCUCUUGGACGCCCAGACCCAGGCCAAGAAGACAACCCACAUGGAUGCCUCUGAUCCCGAUGGUCCCACAGAGGAAGGGGACGAAGAUGGCCACUCCAAACGACUCCCUUUUGGUAUUCCUUUCCCCCUGGAGAAUGGCGGGGACUCCAAGGCCUCUGGGCUUGACCUCCCUCCCAAGGUGAUGGUUCGGACUACCGCCUUCUGGUUGCUAUGGGCAACCUUCCUUGUCAACGGUCAAGGCAUCAUGUUCAUUUCAAGUCUGUACAAGGCAUACGGUCAGAUGUUUAUCCCAGAUGACCAUUUCCUUGCUCUGGUGGGAUCCUUUGCAGCCAUCUUUAAUGCUGGAGGGAGGCUGUUCUGGGGCUGUUUGGCAGACAGGUAUUCCUACAAGUUGGCGAUGGUCUUACUGACUGGAUCAAACGCUAUCUUCAUCCUCACUCUCAUUGCUGCACAGUACGGGGGCAAGGCCACGUUCUUUAUCUGGAUCUGCGGGAUCUUUUUCACCUUCUCUGGAAACUUUGUCCUCUUUCCGACUGCCACUGCAAGGGCGUUUGGAUCCAAGUACGUAGGACCCAACUAUGGGAUCGUGUUUACAUCAGUGGCUCUCUCAUCGGCGAUAGGAGCUAUGCUAGCUACGACCCUUCAUGAUCAUCUGGCUUGGUUUGGAAUGUUCAUGAUCAUGGCGGGAUUCUCCAUCAUCGGCCUCGUCCUCACAUUUUUCUUCCGCGUGAAGAACCAAGAAGGAAAUCAUAUAUGAGAAACCUUCAGUUUCCGCUGCACCAUACUGCAUAUGUGGGUAUUCGAUCACCAUGAUAAGGCGAUAUAUUGUCCCUCAUAAAUAUUCACCUCGCCGUGUUGUGGUGAAUAUAAUCAUAUCUUCAGCUUGGGUUAGCAUUCAGACAGAUCAUUGUGGUUUUUCAUACAGCUGUAUGUAAGUUACUCAUAAUUUUAAUCACACAAUUGGUUAACACUGAGUGAUUUGUGUUCACAUCAUAUUUUUUCAACUCUCAUUGAUAUCUGAUCUGAGCCUUGUUAUAUCGCCCCAAAUCCACUCUGUCGAUUGCUCAACGUUCUUUUC